AUGACAAAAAUCUUAACAGCAUAUAAAGUUGCCAGAACGCUGCAGCGCGGAUUGUCUUUCACAAGAAGCAGAAACGUUGCCGGGUGGAAAUCCAAUGGGUUGCGGCUAUUUAGUCUGAAGGCCCAGACUGCACACUUGGUUCUGGAGGAUGGCACGCGUAUGAAGGGAUUCUCCUUUGGCCACGGACGCUCCACGGCCGGGGAGCUGGUCUUCAACACAGGCCUGGUGGGGUACCCAGAAGCCUUGACUGAUCCCAGCUAUAGAGGACAGAUCCUAACUCUCACCUACCCCAUUGUGGGCAACUAUGGUGUGCCCAACACAGAGGAGUUGGAUGAGCUGGGUUUGCGAAAGCAUGUGGAGUCAGACCGCAUCCAGGUCUCCGGCCUACUGGUACAAGAUUACAGCCAUGAAUACAGUCACUGGAACUCAGUCAAGUCCCUGGCGCAGUGGCUUCAAGAGGAGGAGGUCCCGGCACUGUAUGGAGUGGACACCAGAAUGCUGACCAAGAUCAUUAGGGACAAGGGAACAGUUUUGGGGAAAAUUGAGUUUGAUGGGCAGCCAGUGGAGAUUACUGACCCCAAUCAGAGAAAUUUAGUGGCAGAGGUAUCCACAAAGGAGACACAAGUGUUUGGGAAGGGCAACCCCAUCAAAGUGGUUGCUGUGGACUGCGGAAUCAAACACAACAUUAUCCGACUGCUGGUCAAGCGUGGGGCAGAAGUGCACCUGGUGCCCUGGGACCAGAACCUGCUGAGUCUGGAGUAUGACGGCCUCUUCAUCUCCAAUGGCCCUGGCAACCCUGCGCUGGCUGGAACCCUCAUCCACAACCUCCGCAAGGUGCUUGAGAGUGACCGUCCUCAGUCUGUGUUUGGUAUCUGCAUGGGGAACCAGAUCACUGCACUGGCUGCCGGGGCCAAGUCCUACAAGCUUCCUAUGGGAAACAGGGGUCAGAACCAGCCAGUGCUGAACCUGAUGACAAAUCGGGCCUUCAUCACGGCACAGAACCACGGCUACGGCAUUGACAGCCAGUCCUUGCCCCCUGGCUGGAGCCCCCUAUUCGUCAACGCCAACGAUGGCACCAAUGAGGGGAUCAUGCACAACACCAAGCCCAUUUUCACAGCGCAGUUCCACCCUGAGGCUAAAGGGGGCCCCACUGACACCGAGUUCCUGUUUGACGCCUUCAUAGCCAUGAUAAAGAAGGGGAAGGAAGCAAGCAUAUUUUCAGUGAUGCCCAAGAACCCUGACAUUCCCAAGCAGCCUCAGGUGUCCAAGGUGCUGGUUCUGGGGUCUGGUGGACUCUCCAUCGGCCAAGCCGGGGAGUUUGACUACUCUGGAUCCCAGGCAGUGAAAGCCAUGAAGGAAGAGAAUGUGAAGACAGUGCUUAUGAACCCCAACAUCGCCUCGGUGCAGACCAACGAGGUGGGGACCAAGCAGGCCGACUCCGUGUACUUCCUGCCUGUCACGCCUCAUUUUGUCACUGAGGUCAUCAAGGCUGAGAGGCCUGACGGCAUCCUGCUGUCCAUGGGCGGUCAGACAGCCCUCAACUGUGGAGUGGAGCUCUUUAAGACCGGCGUCCUGCAGAAAUAUGGGGUGCAGGUGUUGGGGACCCCAGUUGAGUCCAUCAUGGCCACCGAGGAUCGGCAGCUCUUUGCUGACAAGCUGAUGGAGAUCAAUGAGAAGAUGGCGCCCAGCAUCGCCGUGGAAACUGUGGCAGAUGCCCUGAAGGCAGCAGAUCAGAUUGGUUACCCCGUCAUGCUACGCUCUGCCUAUGCCUUGGGAGGGCUGGGCUCUGGGCUGUGUGACAACAAGGAGAAGCUGGAGGAAACUGCCAGGAAGGCCUUGGCCAUGAGCUGUCAGGUCCUGGUUGAGAAGUCACUGUUGGGCUGGAAGGAGGUAGAGUACGAGGUGGUGCGGGAUGUGGCCGACAACUGUGUCACUGUCUGCAACAUGGAGAAUUUUGACCCUCUGGGCAUCCAUACAGGGGACUCCAUCGUGGUGGCACCCAGCCAGACUCUGUCCAAUGAAGAGUACCACAUGCUGAGGGAGACAGCCAUCAAGGUGGUGCGCCACCUGGGCAUCGUGGGCGAGUGCAACAUACAGUAUGCCCUGCACCCGGCCUCGCUGGAGUACUGCAUCAUCGAGGUCAACGCCCGCCUCUCCCGCAGCUCCGCCCUCGCCUCCAAGGCCACCGGGUACCCCUUGGCAUUUGUGGCAGCCAAGCUGGCGCUGGGCAUCCCAUUGCCCGAGAUCAAGAACGCAGUGUCGGAGAAGACCACCGCCUGCUUCGAGCCCAGCCUGGAUUACAUCGUCACCAAGAUCCCCCGGUGGGACCUGGACCGCUUUCAGGGCAUGUCCCGAGAGAUUGGGAGUGCCAUGAAGAGUGUGGGAGAGGUAAUGGCGGUGGGGCGCACCUUUGAGGAGAGCAUCCAGAAGGCCCUACGCAUGUGCCACCCCUCGGUGGAUGGCUUUGUGCCCCACCUGCCCCUCAAAAGGGCUUGGGGUGCCCGGCAGGACCUGCAGCAGGAUCUGGCCGUGCCCUCCAGCACCCGCAUCUUCUCUCUGGCUAAGGCCCUUCACAGCGGUCUUAGUGUGGAUCAGAUCCACCAGCUUACAGCCAUCGACAAGUGGUUCCUGCAUAAACUGCGCCGUAUUACUGAGCUGGAGCAGCACCUUGGCAAGUUCAACAGCUUGUCAGUGCCCCAGGACCUUCUGCUGAAGGCCAAGCAGGAUGGCUUCUCUGACCGGCAGGUGGGCCAGGCGUUGGGCUGCAGGGAGGGGGAGGCUAGAGCACUGAGACUGCACGGGAACAUCAGACCCUGGGUCAAACAGAUUGACACGCUCGCUGCAGAGUACCCCGCGGUCACCAACUACCUGUACUGCACCUACCAUGGUCAGGAGCAUGAUUUGGACUUCAAUGACAAGGGAAUUAUGGUGCUGGGGUGUGGGCCCUACCAUAUUGGCAGCAGUGUGGAGUUUGACUGGUGCGCAGUCUCCAGCAUCCGCACCCUCAGGCAGAUGGGCAAGCGCACGGUUGUGGUCAACCACAACCCUGAGACGGUCAGCACGGACUUCGACGAGUGCGACCGGCUGUACUUCGAGGAACUGACCCUGGAGCGCAUCCUGGACAUCACCCAACAGGAGAGUUGCAGUGGCAGCAUUGUCUCCGUGGGGGGCCAGAUCCCCAACAAUCUGGCCGUACCUCUGCACCAGAACGGGGUGAAGAUCCUAGGCACCGACCCCCUCCAGAUCGACCGGGCAGAGGAACGCUCCGUGUUCUCCACCAUCCUGGAUGAGCUGGGUGUGGCACAGGCACCCUGGCAGGCCCUCAGCUCCCUGGAAGAUGCCUUUGCCUUCGCCAAUAAGGUGGGGUACCCUUGCCUCCUGCGCCCCUCAUACGUGCUAAGCGGCUCGGCGAUGAACGUGGCGUACGGUGAGGAGGAGAUGAAACGCUUCCUCGAGGAGGCUGCUCAGGUGUCACAGGAGCACCCGGUGGUCAUCACCAAGUUCAUCUGCGGGGCCAGAGAGGUGGAGGUGGAUGCUGUGGCCAAGGCAGGCAAGGUGCUGGUCCAUGCCAUCACUGAGCAUGUGGAGGAUGCUGGGGUCCACUCGGGUGAUGCCACCCUCAUGCUGCCCACCCAGACCAUCAGCCAAGGGGCACUGGAGAAGGUGAAGACUGCCACCCGGAAGAUUGCAAAGGCGUUUGAAAUUUCAGGGCCAUUCAACACGCAAUUCCUGGUGAAAGGAAAUGACGUCAUGGUGAUUGAGUGCAACCUCCGCGCCUCCCGCUCCUUCCCCUUUGUCUCCAAGACGAUCGGCGUUGACUUCAUCAACGUGGCCACCAAGGUGAUGGUGGGGGAGCGGCUGGAUGAAUCACGCCUGCCCUCCCUGGAGAACCCCUUCAUCCCUGUCGACUAUGUGGGCAUCAAGGCCCCCAUGUUCUCCUGGCCCCGGCUGAGAGACGCGGAUCCUGUUCUGCGCUGCGAGAUGGCGUCCACAGGAGAGGUGGCUUGCUUUGGACCAAACAUAUACUCUGCGUUCCUGAAGGCCAUGCUGUCCACGGGCUUCAAACUGCCCCAAAGGGGGAUCCUGAUUGGGAUCCAGCACUCAUUCCGACCCAAGUUCCUGGCCACGGCACACCAGCUCAACGAGGAGGGCUUCAAGCUCUACGCCACUGAGGCCACCUCCGCCUGGCUCAGCGCUAAUGAUGUGCCGUCCACACCUGUGGCCUGGCCCAGCCAGGAGGGGAAGGACACCAACCUGCCCAACAUCAGCAGACUCAUCAGUGAGGGCCAGAUUGACCUAGUGAUCAACCUCCCCAACAACAACACCAGGUUCGUCAAGGACAACUUCCUCAUCCGCAGGAUGGCUGUGGACCACGGGGUGCCACUCAUCACCAACUACCAGGUUGUCAAACUAUUCGCUGAGGCCAUCAAGUAUGCAAACACGCUGGACACUAGCAGCCUGUUCCACUACCGUCAGCGAGACACCAGUCAGCAGGGCUAG